AUACUGUAGCUUAGAAAGUAAUACUAAGUGUAUGUUGUGUAGUAAGCUGUUAGUAGCCCAUGUGCCUCACCCUAAUAAUUUGGUCCCUUUCCCCCUCAUAACAUAGCCUACUGUUGUGACUUGGUUGUGCACAUGUAGCCUAUAGCCUGUUUUAGAGAAAUGUAAUCCUUGACUAUUGUAAGAGCUUUCGUUGUCUGUUUAUAUGCCCCAUUUACUUAUCCUACGGUUCUCACUUGGUGUACAUAGAGAAUACUGUAAGAAUGGACCAUGUUCUGAAUUCUGUCACUGUACAUUUCAAAAGUGCUGAACAAAUAGUUAUAAACUCAGCAAAAAAAGAAAUGUCCUCUCACUGUCAACUGCGUUUAUUUUCAGCAAACUUAACAUGUGUGAAUAUUUCUAUGAACAUAACAAGAUUCAACAACGGAGACAUAAACUGAACAAGUUCCACAGACAUGGGACUAACAGAAAUGGAAUAAUGUGUCCCUGAACAAAGGGGGGGGUGGGGGGUUCAAAAUCAAAAGCAACAGUCAGUAUCUGGUGUGGCCACCAGCUGCAUUAAGUACUGCAGUGCAUCUUCUCCUCAUGGGCUGCACCAGAUUUGCCAGUUCUUGCUGUGAGAUGUUACCACGCUCUUCCACCAAGGCACCUGCAAGUUCCUGGACAUUUCUGGGGGGAAUGGCCCUAGCCCUCACCCUCCAAACCAACAGGUCCCAGAUGUGCUCAAUGGGAUUGAGAUCCGGGCUCUUUGCUGGCCAUGGUAGAACACUGACAUUUCUGUCUUGCAGGAAAUCACGCACAGAACGAGCAUAUGGCUGGUGGCAUUGUCAUGCUGGAGGGUCAUGUCAGGAUGAGCCUGCAGGAAGGGUAUCACAUGAGGGAGGAGGAUGUCUUCCCUGUAACGCAUAAUAUUGAGAUUGCCUGCAAUAACAUCAAGCUCAGUCCGAUGAUGCUAUGACACACCGCCCCAGACCAUGACAGACCCUCCACCUCCAAAUAGAUCCCGCUCCAGAGUACAGCCCUCGAUGUAACACUCAUUCCUACGACGAUAAUUAUGGAUUGCUUCUUAUCCGCUCAUCGUUACCUUACGCCAUAGUUUGUUCAUCUCAAUUUACAGUAGAAACAGCAUUUGUUAAAGCAAGUCAGCCAUAUCAGCUAUGUUUUUUAAACAGCAGUAAAUGAGUCUGAAUGAACUGUUUUGCUGCCAGACAAGGCUCCGCUGAUAGCCAGGUGUAGCAGUGGUAAGGAUUCACUCCAUGGUGCUGAAAAAAAAGCUCUGCUGUUGGGACAGCUUUAUGUAGUCCCAAACCGUUUGUGAGUACCUUUGUCACCGUUAUAGUACAAGUAAUAUAUUUUUUAGUGUUGUGUAGUGGCCUUACUGGCAUGCAUUAAUAUUUGUUCGAUUUUUUUUGCCCCACCAAGAUUUACAUGUUAAAAUCGCAACUGCCCUAGUAUACACUCUUGGGUAAUACUUUUGGCAGAAUAAUCAAUUAUUCUCUUGUCUCUAUCCUACCUGUGGUUUCUCAGUAGGCAAUGGUGUCAGUCGAGUCACCCGACUGCGCAAGUGCGCAUACUCCAGUCCUCGCGUGCUGGGGAAACUUCAUUCGGAUAUCACUGUGUAUAAGGACACUUGCCACUCGGAUUUCUCUCUAUCAAAAAAAAAAAAAAAAAAAGAUUCUGAAAAAAAUAUCUUCCUCAACUCUGCUUUGAAGGACGUAAACGCUCCAAACAGGAUGACUGAGGUGAUGAACACACAGGAACCUGUGAUAAAGGACUUCAGUGUAGCUGGAGCAGCAUCAGGGGAUCAGGGCAUAUCCUUUCAGAUUUUCCCAGAUACCCAUGAGCGGAAUCCCAAGCUGUCCAAGAGACUUCCCUCUAUUGUGGUGGAGCCCUCUGAUGGGGGCAAUGUGGAAAGCGGGGAGCUCCGCUGGCCCCCUAUGGAUCCCAACUCUGUAGAGGCCCCAGGCGGGAUGCAGCCCCACAAACACACUCCUCUUCAGACCACACAGGACCAGGCCGCAGAUGAAGAUCUGAAUCACGGGGUGCAGGACAGCAGUGAAGUGGUGUAUGGGGCCGUAGUGGAGGAAUCUAACUGAGAAGAUCAUCCAUCCACCUCCACAGCUGCUCUCACUGUAGAUGUGUCCAGAGUAAGAAAGAUAGACAGGUGGGCAGGGGCACUGAGGAGAGUGGAGGAGAGACUUGGAGGGUCGUUACCCUCACACCCUGCGCACUGCAAGAAAACCAAUGAGUUCAUUCUGACGUUUCAGGCUGUACAGCAGUCUGUUAAAGCUGUCUUAAAUAGCUUGCUUGUGCAGUUUCAUAUACAUGCAGACUAGAUCACAGCUACGCAGCACUGAAUAAUUUUGUUGUCCUCUAAUUGUAGAUAUUUUGAUACUUUGUGCAAAAAUGUGGAGUACUUUGUAAGAACUGAGGUGUUUUUGAACAGCAGUAUUCAAAGCUGUGUCCAGCAUGUAUACUCCUAAGUAGAAUGUAAGCUAGAUAAAGUGGUGACAACUGUGGGUAUUCCUGUCUCGUGAAAAACAAUGAUUCUGAUUGUGUACGUGAGUUCUUUCAACUUGUUCUACCAUAAAAAGCAACAGCUAACAUCCAGAGAUAGUCCUAGUUGUUACAAUCAAUGGGAGUAAAAAUGCUGUGUAUGUACCACAACUGCAUUUUUCUCAUCUGCAGUUUUUAUAAACAGUCAAUAAGUGAGUGCUGAGAUUGAAGCCCCAGUUAUUGCACAGACAAUAAAGUCUUUAGGCUUGCCAAA